AUGGCAGCUUUCAGGGACAAGAACGCUGAAUACGCACCGCUUCACCGAGAGUCUGACCACUUCGAGGACGUGGAUGAAGCGCUUGGCCCUUCCCACAUUGAGGUCCCGCUGAGCAAGCCUCGGAGGAGAUCAUUCGUCUUGAUAUCCCUUGCAUGGGUCUUCUCAUCCAUACUCUUUGCAUUCCUGGGUGGCAUUGCUGGACGCAAGCUUCUCGAUAUGGAUAAGCGAUGCGCAGCUUACACCACGCAAUAUUCGCCUGUCCUCGAUAAUGUCGACGUGCACUACUCCGUCACGCGGUUCAAUGGGUCCUUCAUGCAGGAGAAUAUUUACCGUCGAAAAGGAAGCCCAGAGGUUGAUGCUGCGUGGGAGGCUCUUGGAGUGAACUAUAGGCCCGGCAUCAUCCCGACCGACGUUGGCUUGAAGAGCGGUCUCACACCGGCGCAUGUGCAACGUGCGGACAAGUACGGCGGCGGGUUCUUUAUAAAUGUCGAAGGAAUGCACCACUUGCACUGCCUGAACCUCGUUCGGAAGUCACUGUAUUACAACUAUGAGUAUUACAAAGAUCUCGGCACGCACGCGUUCAAGAACGAAGAAAGAAUACUCCAACUUCAUAUCAGCCACUGUGUCGAUAAUCUUCGUCAAGUUCUUAUGUGCAAUGUCGAUACCGGUGUCCUUGGCCAGGUCUGGGCCCACCCCGACAACCCUUCAGCCUUCCCUGAUUUCAACACCGACCACAAGUGCAAGAACUAUGAUGCAGUGAGGUUGUAUGCGGAGAAGAUACAGGCACCGCCCGAUGAGAAGCUGCCACCGGGGUAUCUCAAGCACCCGAGCGAUGGAGAUGUCCUCCCGUCGACACCUUGA